CACACCACACACCAACAGCAAGCAGCAUACCCCUCCACUACACACCGCCCCGAAACAUACCCACUCAUUCCCGGUUCCGCAGGAUGAGCUACCUGAUGGACCCCAUGGGGAGUCCCUCUUACCGGAGGGUACCAGACUCUCGGACUACCUACACCCGCACCAGCGCCUCCCCGUCCAGUAGCUUCCGAUCCCAGUCCUGGUCAAGAACGAGUCCCGGGACCUCACUGACGACUUCUUACAAGAGGACCUCCGCCGUGCCCAGGGCGUACAGCUCCACUGUGCUAACCUCAUCCGACAGCCUUGACAUCAGUCCGUCUGCCUUCAAUGGGGACUACAAGCGCUCCAACGAAAAAGAACAGCUACAAGGGCUCAACGACCGCUUUGCCGGGUACAUUGACAAAGUGCAUUAUUUGGAGCAGCAGAACCGGGACAUUGAGGCUGAGAUCCAGGCGCUGCGGCAGAAACAAGAGUCCCACUCCCAGCUGGGCGACGUUUACGACCAGGAGUUGAGAGAGCUGCGCUCCAUGCUGGAGCAGAUCCACCACGAAAAGGCACAGCUUCAGAUUGACUCGGAUCACCUCGAAGAAGACCUGCAGAGGCUGAAGGAGCGCUACGAGGAUGAGGCCCGCAUCCGGGAGGAGACAGAAGCCACAAUCCGAGCCAUGAAGAAGGACAUCGACGAAUCUGCCCUCGUGAAGGUAGAGUUGGACAAAAAAGUGCAAUCUCUUCGCGACGAAGUAGAUUUUCUGCGCAGCCACCACGAGGAAGAGGUGCAAGACCUCCUGGCACAGGUGCAGGCGUCGCAGGUUAGCGUAGAGAGGAAAGACUUCCAGAAGACCGACAUCACCGCGGCGCUCCGCGAAAUUCGAUCUCAGCUUGACGGCCACUCUUCUCAGAAUCUACAGCAGGCGGAGGAAUGGUUUAUGAACCGCUUUGCGAAGCUGACCGAAGCCGCCGAAAUUAAUAAAGAUGCGAUCAAGGCAGCCCGGGAUGAAAUCGCAGAGUACCGCCGCCAGGUGCAGACCAAGAACAUCGAGCUGGAGUCUGUCCGGGGCACGAAGGAGUCGCUGGAAAGACAACUGAACGAUAUCGAAGAUCGCCACAAUAACGACUUGAGCAGUUAUCAGGAGACAAUCCAUCAGCUGGACAAUGAGUUGAAGGGCACCAAGUGGGAAAUGGCCCGUCACCUGAGGGAGUACCAAGACCUGCUCAACGUAAAGAUGGCUCUGGAUAUUGAGAUUGCUGCAUACAGGAAACUUCUGGAAGGUGAAGAGACCCGCUUCAGCACCUUCAGCCCCUCUUUCCCUUUCCGCCAGCCCAUCACCCCCUCCAAACCCGCCAAAGCCAAACCCGAGACCCCUAAGCUGAAAGUGCAGCACAAGUUUGUGGAGGAAAUCAUCGAGGAGACGAAAGUGGAGGACGAGGACGCAGAGAUCGAGGACACCCUCGCCGCCGUGGCAGAAGAGCUGGCCGCAGACCUUGGAGAGGGCAAGGAGGAAGGAGAGAAGGAGGAAGAGGAGGAGGCAGAGGAAGAGGAAGUAGUCGCUGCAGCUGAGGCCAAGGUGAGCGCCAGCCCCCCUGAGGACAAGGACGAGGAAGGAGACAAGGAGGGAGAGGAGGAAGGAGAGGGAGAGGGUGGAGAGGAGGGAGAAAAAGAGGAGGAAGAGGGUGAAGAGAAGGGAGAUGAGGGAGAGGAUGAGGGAGAGGGGGGUGAAGGUGAGGAAGAAGGACAGGAUGAAGGAGGGGAGGUAGUGGAGGAGACUGCUCUUUCCACCAAAGCCGAGGAGGCAGUACCCGAGAAAGCAGAGGAGGGAGAGAAAGUGAGCAGUCCCGGAGAGGAGGAGGAAGAAGGAGAAAAGAAGGAGGAGAAAGAGGAGGGCAAAGAAGAGGCUGACAGUGACAAGGGAUCUAAAGAUGGUGAGGAGAAGGAGGGAGAGCAAGAAGCAGAAGGGGAUGAGGGCAAAGAGGUAGAGGAGGAGAAAGACAAGAAAAAGGCGGAGGAAAAAGAAGAGAGCAAGUCCGAUGAGGAGGCUGUAACCAAGAGUGAGGAUGCCAAGGUUGGGCCAGAGAAAGGAGACAAGAAGAGCGAUUCAGAGGGAGAGGAGGAAGCUAAAAAGAAGACAGACAAGGAAGACAUAGCGGUGAACGGAGACGUGGAGAAGAGGGGCUCAGAUGAUGAAGAUAAGGAACCAAAGGGGAAGAAAGAAGCUGAGGAGAAGGAAGAGGGAAAGGAGGGGGUCGUCAACGGAGUCGAGGAGAGCCUCACCAAAGGAGAUGCUGGCCAAAAGGUGGUGAUCACCAAGACAGUGGAGACCAUCACCACUGGAGAAGACGGGGCCAAGCAUGUCACCAAGUCCGUCACCGUCACUCAGACAGUGGAGGAAGUGGAGGACACGGUGGAAGAAAAAAUGGUCUCCACCAAAAAGGUUGAGAAGGUCACCUCUCAAGCAGUCAAGAAAGUCACAGAAACAGAACUUAAGGAGUGAAUCAAGGGAAGAAACAGGGAGCUAUUUCUGACAGAUAAGAAUCAAGAUAUUCAUACAGUUGAAAGAUUACAAAAAACAUACAAG